AUGCCCAACAGUGUCCUUCGUAACAGCGGCUUCUCCCGUUACGAUUUUGAAACCUCUCGUCCCAACCAAGUCCGUUCCUUUUCGCGACGAGUGCACUUCGAAGACGACGAAUCUCGCCACAACGAAGAGGGGGGUGACUUUUACUACUCUAGCACAACCUGGUUUGCGAGAGAGCAAGACAGCCCGAGUCGCCACAACGACAAGUCCGACGAUAUCACCAACAAAAUGUCCACCUCGCCUCCCUCGUUCGAGGUUCCCGAGCCGUGGCGCAAGACCAUGGCCAUGAUCAGCAUCAACGCGGGCUUCACCCCCCACCUCAUCCUCCACGAGUACUACAAGUGGCAACCCAUCCAGGCCGCCACGCAAACCUGCUUCACAAUGCUCAACUUCGACCACGACGUUAUGGCCAUUGAGCGCGGCAUCAGGUACAUCCACAUCUGCUACCGCGACAACGACCCCAGCAAGAUCUACCAGAUCGUUCUCACCCUCAGAGAGCGGGACCCCGUGACGAAACACGACGCCCUCAACCUCGUCACCCACACCUCGAUCCGACACGUCCUAGAGGAGCCUUGUGCCAACUGUCCACUCUGGCUGCUCGCGCGACCGGACGAGCACGACCCGUCGGACGACAGGUUCCACAUCCUCCCGUGUUGUGAUACCUGGUUCGACUCGAUGGAUUUCGAGAAGCCCCUUUCCGAUACGGAGAAGCGAUUUCCUGGCGUUGUGGACCGACUCAUCAACGAGCUCCACAGACAGACCAGCCUGCUGGCGGAGAAGGAGGAAGAGCUGGCCAUGCUCAAGGGUGCGAAUAUGGGUGGUGAGAACGGUCUCGCCCGUGUGCGUCAGCCUGGUCAGUUGGGUGCGGAGUCGCUUCUGCAGUGCUGGUGGCUUGGUGCCGUGCUGUUGGGUUUCUUGAUCGUGGUCAUCCUCAAGUGA